ACAGUCCUAAAUAGAAUUUUCAAUCUCUCGUACUUGCAUUUUGGCUCUGUCUCUGUAACAAAACGUCGUUAAAGACAGGACAUCUAGAGUGACAGGGCUAGUGGAGUUUUUGUUUUUAGUCUUUAGAUUAAUAAAGGAAUAUGCUUCUUGCUAGAAAAUGGUUCCUUAUAGGUUCAGAUAAUAUGCUGAUGUCGGUUCUUUAAUCUGAGAAUCUUGUUAUAUGUACUAUACUGAAUUGUGAUCAUUGCAUAUAUAAAGGCAGACCCUAUAGGCAUUUUGCUCUCUCCUCUGGCUCUUUCUUCAAUCAGUUGGUUCAUGUGAAGUAGAAUUCACUGGGAAGAACUUUGAUCCAGCAAAGUGGCGGGGAUCUAAUUUUACUGCUAGCUGAAUGGGGUCUGAUAAGCAGUCCAGUGGUCUGCUUGAUACUCUAAAAAUGGAGAGAGUUAGGACAAUCUUAACUCACUCUUAUUCUUAUCCACACGAGCAUUCGCGGCAUUUGUUCAUCGCAGUGUUUGUGGGAUGCUUAUUUUUUAUAUCAUCAGAUAACAUUCAUACACUUAUUCAGAAGUUAGAUAGCAAUGUCAAGUGGUGGUCAAUGUACGCCUGUCUGCUUGGAUUCUUUUACUUCUUUUCAUCUCCAUUUAUAGGGAAGACAAUCAAACCAAGUUAUUCAAAUUUUAGUCGUUGGUAUAUAGCUUGGAUACUUGUCGCUGCUCUCUAUCAUCUUCCCAGUUUUCAAUCUAUGGGAGUUGAUCUCAGGAUGAACCUGUCUUUGUUUCUUACCUUAUUUGUCUCGUCCAUUUUGUUUCUUCUCGUUUUCCAUGUUAUAUUUCUUGGACUUUGGUAUCUUGGCCUUGUUGCUCGUGUGGCUGGAAAGAGGCCUGAGAUCCUGACAAUUAUGCAAAAUUGUGCUGUUUUAAGCAUAGCAUGCUGUGUGUUUUAUAGUCACUGUGGUAACCUUGCUGUAGUGAGGGAAAAGACAUUUGACCGGAGGAAUUCUGGUUGGUUUUCCUUGUGGAACAAGGAAGAGCGGAACACUUGGCUUACAAAACUCGUAGGCAUGACUGAGUUGAAAGAUCAAGUUUGCAAAUCUUGGUUUGCUCCAGUUGGGUCAGCCAGUGAUUACCCCUUUUUGUCCAAGUGGGUCAUCUAUGGAGAGUUAACUUGCAACGGCUCAUGUGCAGAAUCGUCAAAUGAAAUUUCUCCGUUAUAUUCGUUGUGGGCCACUUUUAUAGGCCUCUACAUUGCAAAUUACGUUGUGGAAAGGUCAUCAGGGUGGGCUCUCUCGCGUCCUUUGUCACUCAAAGAGUUCGAGAAAUUGAAGAAAAAGCAAAUGAAACCUGAGUUCUUGGAUAUGGUUCCUUGGUAUUCAGGGACAUCUGCCGAUUUAUUCAAGACAAUGUUUGACCUGCUGGUAUCCGUAACUUUGUUUGUUGGACGCUUUGAUAUGCGAAUGAUGCAGGCGGCUAUGAGCAGGGUUGAAGAUGGGGCUAAGCAGGAGGAUCUGUUGUAUGAUCAGUUUAGUGAAAAGGAUGGUCUGUGGUUUGACUUCAUGGCAGAUACAGGAGAUGGUGGAAAUUCUUCCUACAGUGUGGCUCGGCUUCUUGCUCAACCUUCACUCCGUCUCCAAGUCAAUGGUUCAAUGCUUAAACUGCCACGUGGAGACAUGCUUCUUAUUGGGGGUGACCUUGCGUAUCCUAAUCCAUCAUCAUUUACAUAUGAGAAGCGUCUUUUUCGUCCCUUUGAAUAUGCUCUUCAGCCUCCUAUGUGGUAUAAGGAAGAGCAUAUUGCUGUAAGUAAGCCUGAAUUGCCUCCUGAGGUGGAUGAACUUAGGCAGUAUGAUGGACCUCAGUGUUUUGUCAUCCCUGGAAACCAUGACUGGUUUGAUGGGCUUCAGACGUAUAUGAGGUACAUUUGUCACAAGAGCUGGUUGGGUGGUUGGUUUAUGCCUCAAAAGAAAAGCUAUUUUGCGCUGCAGCUCCCCAGUAGGUGGUGGGUAUUUGGUCUUGAUCUUGCUCUCCAUUGUGAUAUUGACAUAUACCAAUUCAAGUUCUUCUCAGAAUUAGUAAGGGAUAAGGUCGGGGAGAAUGAUUCUGUGAUCAUUAUGACGCACGAGCCGAACUGGCUUCUUGAUUGCUACUUUAAUCAAAAGACUGGAAAGAAUAUUACCUACUUGAUACGAGACCAUUUAAAAGGAAGGUGUAGACUACGGAUUGCUGGAGAUGUGCAUCACUAUAUGCGACAUUCAUAUGUUCCAUCAAAUAAGCCUGUUUAUGUCCAACAUUUACUUGUUAAUGGUUGUGGCGGUGCUUUUUUGCACCCUACGCAUGUCUUCAAGAAUUUCAACGAGAUAUAUGGAACUUCAUAUGAGACCAAAGCUUCUUACCCAACUUUUGAAGAUUCAAGCAGGAUUGCGCUGGGCAAUAUAUUGAAAUUUAGGAAGAAAAACUGGCAAUUUGAUGUUAUUGGUGGCAUGAUAUAUUUCAUGUUGGUCUUUUCUAUGUUUCCACAGUGUCAGCUAGAUCACAUUUUAAAAGACGACACCUUCUCGGGACGCUUGGGAACUUUCUUCGGCACAGUGUGGGAUGCUUUUAUGUAUAUGUUAGGAUGCUCAUAUGUAUCAGCAGCUGGUGCUAUAUUACUUUUAACAAUUGCAAUAGUCUUUGUGCCUUCUAAGGUGUCUUGGAAAAAGAGACUACUAAUUGGGAUUCUUCAUGUGUCUGCGCACUUGGCUGCUGCCUUAAUUCUCAUGCUGUUGAUGGAGUUAGCUGUUGAGACUUGUAUUCGGCAUAAUUUACUUGCCACUUCAGGUUAUCACACUUUAUAUCAAUGGUACCGGUCUGUUGAGAGUGAGCAUUUUCCGGAUCCAACUGGCCUCAGGGCACGUAUAGAACAAUGGACAUUUGGCCUUUAUCCAGCAUGUAUUAAGUAUCUCAUGUCUGGUUUUGAUGUUCCCGAGGUAAUGGCCGUUACCAGGAGUAAUAUUUGCAAAAAUGGGAUGGAUUCUCUCUCCCGAGGGAGUGCUGUAAUCUAUUAUGCAUCGGUCUUCCUUUAUUUUUGGGUCUUAUCAACUCCGGUGGUUUCGUUGAUACUUGGAAGCUACCUAUACAUUUCCAUUAAUUGGCUUCACAUGCAUUUCGAUGAAGCAUUUUCAUCACUCCGCAUUGCAAAUUACAAGGCAUUUACACGGUUCCAUAUCAAUAGCAAAGGCGAUCUUGAAGUUUUCACCCUUGCAGUCGAUAAGGUUCCAAAAGAAUGGAAAUUGGAUCCAAAUUGGGACGGGGAGUCAAAAGAACGAAGUUAUCUCCAGAAGUUCCCUAGCAAAUGGAGAGCUAAGGCCCUUCAUCAGGACCCUGUAAAUACUGUGCGAAUUAUUGAUCGCUUUGUUAUUGAACAGAAAGAAAAAUCUGAUUCAGAACUAUCGAACGGGUCACUUAACCAAUGACUUGUUUGAUUACUAAAAUGUCAUUUUGUACAGAUGUUGUAGGUUAAAGUACUUAGAUGGUAGUUGAUAUAUAGGAAGUUGGCUGGAUAGAAACAGGAUUGUAAAAGGCAAAUCCAAGACCCAUUGGGAUCAUAGUUGGGAAAAUGAAAAAAGAGGAGAGGAAAAUCCUGGUCAGUCAUAAUACUUUCUUUUACAUGUACCACUAUUAUCUUUGUAGGCAAUUUUGUCUAUUGUCUUGUAAUUUCACAUUAUGAGAUAGUAGUAGCAUCUUGUGGCUGGUGAAAUCAAGAACCUGCAUCACAAGACUUAAUUGAAACUUGUUAAA